UCUAGAUAUACUAUGUCUAUGGUAUAUACGUUCUUCGUUCGAAUCUCGUGUUACGACAGAAGAUCAUCCUGAUAAAAUGAUAGACUUCCGCACUAAUUCAGGAAAAACUGACGACGACAAUGGAAAAUAUAGCAACACCAACAUACCAGUUACGUCGCAACAAGGUUUAGCUUCACUUAGCCCAUAUUUAAAUUUUGAUCCAUCGUAUCUUCCCGUCAGUCAGCCGGAAUUCAUAUUUCCCGAUGGUGCUAUGAAACAAAGAGGCCGCUUCGAGUUAGCUUUCAGUCAAAUUGGAACUGCAUGUAUAGCGGGUGCAGGGAUUGGUGGUGCAUCAGGUUUAUACAGAGGCAUCAAGGCGACAUCUAUUGCUGGCGAGACUGGCAAACUCAGAAGAACACAAUUGAUUAAUCAUGUUAUGAAAGGUGGUGCCAGUAUGGCAAAUUCGCUCGGUGUGAUAAUGAUAAUGUACACCUGUGCUGGAAUAGGUCUGACUUGGGUCAGAGGAACCGACGACAGUUUGAAUACAAUAGUCGCAGCUGCUACAAGUGCUGCAGUAUUCAGAUCGCCUGCUGGAAUCAGAAAAGCUGGUAUUGCAGGCGUUAUUGCAGCAGGGAUUGCAGUGAUGUACUGCACCUGGAAUAAUGGGGGCAUAUCAUUGCAUCGUGUGAAUAGAUUGAAACAUGCGGCGUAAGAGUGUGUACAUAUUUCAACAAAUGAUUUAGCUAAAUUGCAAUUAUAAUCGAAUAUUUUGCUAUAUAAAAACUAUAUAAUAAUUCUUAGAUAACAAAAA